AAAAUCUUGGAGCGUCAGCCAUGGCAGAGAGUCUCGUUCUCCGACAACCAACCGUCUUGCUCUCCGCAUUUUCCCCUCGGAGCUUGUCGUGGGUCACCGGUUUUCGACCUGCAAUGUCAGCCAGACGCAGUUAUGCGAGUGCUACUCGCGCGAGUAGGAGUAGUGUAGGGGCUAAUGCUCUGCGUACUGAUUUCGCCACAAAUUCUUCUCCGAAGGUUGGAUCUUUCAGCGAGUUGAUUGAGUCUUUGAUCCGUCGUGAGGAUUUAUCUGAGGCCGAUGCGGAGGCGUCCCUGGACUUUCUUUUGACCGAAGCUAAUGAGGCGCUGAUCAGUGCUUUUCUUGUGCUAUUGAGAGCCAAAGGCGAGACCUUUGAAGAGGUUGUAGGCUUGGCAAGGGCAAUGAUCAAGUACGCUAAGAAAGUGGAGGGAUUAAUUGAUGUGGUGGAUAUUGUCGGAACAGGCGGUGAUGGUGCCAACACGGUCAACAUAUCAACCGGUGCUUCUAUACUUGCUGCAGCUUGUGGGGCCAAAGUUGCGAAGCAAGGGAACCGUUCAAGCUCUUCGGCAUGCGGGAGUGCUGACGUAUUGGAAGCUUUGGGAGUUGCUAUCGACUUAGAGCCCGAGGGCAUCAAGAGAUGUGUGGAGGAGGCGGGAAUUGGUUUUAUGAUGGCUCCAAAGUAUCAUCCGGCCAUGAAGAUUGUUAGUCCUGUGAGGAAGAAGCUGAAAGUGAAAACGGUGUUCAAUGUAUUAGGACCUAUGUUGAAUCCAGCACGGGUACCUUUUGCUGUUGUUGGUGUCUACAAAGAUGACCUAGUUCUUAAAAUGGCAAAAGCACUGCAACGAUUUGGCAUGAAGAGAGCGCUUGUUGUUCAUUCAGAGGGUCUAGAUGAAAUCAGUCCUCUCGGGGCUGGGGUAGUACUUGAUGUCACUCCAGAGAAGAUUGACAAAUUCUCCUUUGAUCCAUUGGACUUUGGUGUUCCUUGGUGUACUUUAGGUGACUUGAGGGGUGGAGGCCCUGCUUAUAAUGCAGAAGUCUUGAAGCGCGUGCUAUCAGGGGAAAAAGGACCGAUUGCAGAUGCAUUUAUACUAAAUGCAGCAGCCGCUCUCUUAGUUGUGGGCCAAGUGCGUACAUUAGCCGAUGGAGUAAGUUUGGCUCGUGAAACUCAACAAUCUGGCAGAGCUUUGCAGACGCUGAACAAUUGGAUAAACAUCUCCAACAAGGCAAAGGAAGAGCUUUAGAGACCCUGAACAAAACGAACAGCCAUCUCCAUUUGUACAUGAGACUCGAGUCUCGCGGAUGCUAAUAAUGUUAAGUGGUCGAAGUGUGAGAAUAUAAGCACGGCUGGGCUAGGCAAGCGCAGGGAUUCGACCUUCAUUUUGGCAUGCAAAGAACAUAGUAAGGAUAGCUCUCUUUCUUCGAAAAUAUUAUUACAGGUAAGACUUGAUGUUUAAGGAAGAAGACAUUGAUUUCUUCUCUCUAUAAUAAAACUUGGCCUGAGUUAUGUGAGGUGGCGUACCAUGCA